CUAGUUUGUGAAGAAUAACAUUUUAACACUUUUUUACCCUUUUGAAAUGAGAAAAGAUGAAAGGAUUAAUACAAUUAAAAGGCUCAUUCACCAUUACUAUAUUUAAAAGCUGGUUUCUCUAUUGAGUGUUUUCAGGUUGUUCUGUACAUUUGUCUAUUUGUCUAUGUGUGUCGUUCAAUAAGGGCGUGAGAGGAGGGGGGCAAGGGUGAUGAACUCCCCCUCCCACAACACGUGGUACUGGUGUCUACCCUUAACAACAACAAAAAAAACCACUCAGCCAAUAACGAGGUGGCACUCGGGACAACCUUGUGCCGGACACCUUUAAAAGCGUGAGGAGGUGCUGCGCUGGCAUUGGCUGUUUUUUCUGGAGGGUGUUAUCCGAGGCCCGGGGAGGACUCGUGCACGUUCGUACGCUGCGUUAGCGCGAGCAGACUGAGCUGAACUUUCCUCGCUGCACUUCUGCGGCGGUGCUGCAGGAGGAUUUAAUGUCGCUGCUCCAGUUCAGUGCUGCACCUGCGCGCUGUCCGUGGUGCUGAAAGUGGACGAUGACGAGGCUCCGGCUGCUGAGGGUCAGUCUGGAAAACUGAGGCUGAGUUCGCUCUCAAUAGUCACUGAAAGAUACCAAGUAGCCGGACCAGGGCUGUCCAGGAGUAACUGACUGUUUCCAGUGGAAUCGUCUUCCUGUUUUGGGGGGUCUACUUUUUUAAAUUUGAGAAGUGAUUAUAAACGAAAUCAAACUUUUUUUUGUGCGAUCGUUUGUAUAAGAGUUUUGGUCAGAAGAAGAAAUGACCGCACGAGGAUAAUACCGCCGUUCUCAGAUCCACGCUCCGUCUAGACGUUCCCUCUCUGCUGGACACUCGGCUCUCCACCUCAUGCACAAAUGCUUGCUUGAGCGCGCGGCUUUCUCCCGCCUUGCUGCGUUCACCAUGGACCUGCCCACGAACGGCUCGAGCUUUGGGAUCGAGUCCCUGCUGUCCCGUAGGCCCGCGAGCCCCUGCAUGUCCAGGGGCGGCGCUCUGCUGGUCGGCCCCUGCGGCUCUCCGGCCCCGAGCGCGCGCUCUGACCUGGACAGUGACUGCUCCUCGCCACCGUCCCCGCGCAGGGACUGCGUGGAGGAGGAGGAGGACGAGGAGGUGCAGAGACAUGCGCGCGCGCUGGGGCUCGAGUCUCCCGGCCCUCAGGCGCGCACCGUCACCUCCUCCUUCUUAAUCCGAGACAUCCUGGCGGACUGCAAGCCUCUGGCGGCCUGCGCCCCGUACAGCAGCGCGCAGACAGCGCGAGACGCGGAGGACUACGCCGACAAAGUGCACAGCAACUCGUCCUCAGACAGCGAGUACAGAGUGAAGGACGAGGCUGAGAGGGAGAUCUCCAGCAGUGGAGAAAGCCCCUCGUCCCGGCUGAAGAAGCCCCGAAAAGCGCGCACGGCCUUCACAGAUCACCAGCUCGCCGAGCUCGAGCGCAGCUUCGCGCGCCAGAAGUACCUGAGCGUGCAGGACCGCAUGGAGCUCGCGGCCUCUCUCAACCUGACCGACACGCAGGUCAAGACCUGGUACCAGAACCGGAGGACGAAGUGGAAGCGGCAGACGGCUGUUGGUCUGGAGCUUCUUGCUGAAGCGGGUAAUUACUCAGCUCUCCAGCGAAUGUUCCCGUCUCCCUAUUUUUACCCCCAGAGCCUCGUGUCCAGCCUGGACCCCGGAGCUGGACUCUAUUUGUACCGGGGUCCCUCUGCGCCCCCGCCGCCGAUUCAGCGGCCGCUCGUGCCGAGGAUCCUACUGCCCGGGCUGCAGGGAGGCGGCGGCGAGCCUUUGGCUUCGCUGCACGGGACCUUAGCUCGGCCCACCCCGCAGCGAUGAAGCGAAACACUGGCUGCGGAGACGCGGUGCAUUUUUUCCCUCCUCCCACCCGUAUUCGGACGGCCGCGACAAGCCCCGCCCAUCCCGCGCCGCAGUUGGCUAGUAGUUCAUAUUUACAAGCACUCCGGCGUUCUAGAACGCUUCGCUUAGUCAGACGGGGCAUUCUGAUUGGCUGUCCCGUCGUAGUACUGAAGACUUAGCCAAUCCUGUUGAGCGAAGCUGGAGGGGGGCGGGGUUUGACGGAAUAUGGGCGGGGAAAAAAAUCACACCGCUCUCCAGCUCGUACCUGCUCAGGAAUGAUAAAGGCGCGCGCUCGGGUGGGCCACAGGACACUGUAACGCCUUCCCUCGUUACUUAGCAACGCAGAACUUUCCACGUCACUUAGCAACAAGACAAGGAUGAUAAGUAUCUGUUAUUUAUUUUUUGUUUUUUUUAAACAUAUAUAAAUAAUCUAACGGAGAAAAUUCACUCGCAAAGUUUGUAAAAAGUUCCUCCAGAUACGAGACCUGAUCAAAUAAACCAAAAGAUUUACUGCAGAUUUCAAUAGUGGGUUAAGUGUCAACCAAAUAAUGUGAACGAUUAGUAAUAAAUGAAAUGGAAAUAUAGGCACAUUAAUAUGUAAUAAUAAUAAUAAUAACAACAACAACAAUAAUAGGGUCAAUAAAGAAUGAAAACGAAUUGUGUAUAUUGUAAUAAUAAUAAUAAUUAUUAUUAUUAUUACUAUUAACAAUAUUAUUUCUUUCUAAAUUAUUUCGUCUGGGACCACUGGACGCAAAGAUCUGUACAGGCUGCAUUAUGAUUUGUAAGAGGCCCACACGUUAAACCCUGUUUGUCACAGUUGUGUUGUGGUUCUGUAGUUUAUAAAUGGUUUUGUUGACGCCAAAAUACUUUUUUAAAUAAAG